AUGCACUUCCAUCACUACGUCCUCGGGCUAGCCAUGACUGCCCCUUCAGUUCUUGCUACAAUUUCGCUCGGCUCCCUUGUCACCUCCUCAGGAGUCAACAAGUUCAACAUUGCGUGGAUCGCGGGCACAGACCCAUGUCAAUCCAACGACAACUACGUUGGGAUUUCAGCCGCCGAGCAGAACCCUUGCGGGAUUCGCUUCAAGCUUGCAAACGGAUACACCUACUAUGAAGAGAACUGUGGAGUAGGCGCCAUCAAGAUAUAUAACGGGGACGGCUCAUUCAACUCAGAGUGCCAACAAAAGGAGUGGAGCUGCAACCAAAUCGGCGGCUUUAAGAUACGACAGCAUUGGACCUGCUAUUAG